GUUACAGGGGACUUGACGCGUCGGGGGGAGGGGCGCUGUGAAGACCAAUGCCGCUGUUUUUGACAAGAUACAUAGGCUAACCUACUAACCUUAGUACUCACUCAUGUAGCUUCGCUGUAGGGUAUCCGCGCAAUUGGCCUGCAAUACGGAUCCGCAACGUUGGGGACUGCGCAGGGAGAACAAUGCGCGACUCUGCUCUGUGUUGUCUCGUUGCAUACUGUCUUCAUCUUAUUUCUGCUUUGCGAAGCGAUCACUGAUCGUGUCGUUGUACUCGCGUCACAACACAGGCAAAAAAACACCAAUCGCCCAUGCUCAUUGGUUCAAUCGUCUCCGCCAUUGCCCUAUCUGGUCUUUCGCACUCCACCCAUACCUUGACACCCCUUCCACGACCCUGACCCUCGCGACUGAAGCUGUAAUCCCUUGCCCUUACUGCCUUACCCUUGCCCGUCAUGCCGCGCAAGAGCGAUACGUCGCGACGCAGUGACGUCUCAAUGGCCAGAUCUGCCCUCGCAGAAGGCACCGCUGCCAAUGCCGACCCACGCCCCGACCCUCCUGCCACACCUGCCGAUGCAACAGCCCCCGUCGCCGACACGACAGAACCUCACGAUCCUAUAUCGACAGAACCACAAGAAGCAUCCGAGGAAGUGGACAUGGAGCGAGCAAGCGAGUCGGCCGCCCCCAGCGACAAGAGGGACCGGGGGGACACGGUUGGCAUCGAGGAUCUGAAUCUGCCAAAGUCCAUCAUCACGAGACUGGCCAAAGGCGUCCUGCCUCCGAACACCCAGAUACAAGCCAAUGCCAUACUCGCCAUGACAAAAGCCGCAACCGUCUUCAUAAAUCACCUAACAAACGCCGCCAACGAACGAACCUUGAGCUCCAACAAGAAGACUAUAAUGCCCAACGAUGUCUUCGAAGCCCUCGAAGACAUAGAAUAUCCAGAAUUCCGCGACAUAGUACAGCAGGAAUUCAAGAAAUUCAACGAGGUCCAGUCCACAAAACGCAACACAUACAGGCGCAAAGUCGCUGCCGCUAAAAAGGGCGUCCCCUACGUCGAGACGCCCGGCCUCCUGCGAGAGCCCCGGGUCCCCGAAGCCACCGGCCCCCCUGGCACCACCUUCAUCGAGGACCCGGCCGCCGCGGCUGGCAUCGACACGUCGAGGUCCAUCAAGAAGCAGCGCAUGUCCUCCACGCAUCCGGCCAACAGCAGCGCUAUGUCAGGCGCGGAUGCGGACACCACGCAGGAGUACCAGGACGCCGAGUCCGAACCCGACGAGCCCAUCGAUGAGGAGUCCGAGGAUGAGGUCGAGCCCGAGUUAUACGACGAUGACGAGGAGCCCGAGGACGAGGGCGAGGGCGAGUUAUACGACGAGGAGGAGCCCCAGGAGCGGGAGUUGUACGACGAGCAAGAGCCCGAGGACGAGGACGAGGCACUAGACAAUGGCGAGGACAGCGACUCGUAGGGCGAGGAAGAGCGCAACCGCCGGCAGCGUGCUGCAAACGCCGUGUUUCUAGACCAGUUCUCGACUCUGGUUCUGCCUGCCGCGGGCAAGCAAUCGGCUGGGAAGAGGUCGAGACCGCAUGUCCGAACCAAGAUCUACGCGGAAAGGAUGAGCCU